AUGCAAAUGCACAAGGAGGAAACUAACGGAAGCUGCCAUUUUGAGCGCGGCGCAGGCACCACAAACGACGAGGACGAAGGAGACUCACGACCUGGAAAAUGGCAGAAGCCCACCUCACUACCUACUUACAGUUUGAAGUCACCUCGUGCGAACAGCCAAAAGCGUCAUCUCAGACCACGUCACAGGCUCAUAACGCGUCGUUCAGCCACGCCACUUGAGGAAGAUAAGUUACCAUCACAAGACCGUUACAGCCGUUUAUCAACGCCCAUUGAUAACAGCCAUGUACGAGGCUCUCAAAGUCCUCCCCAUAUAGAGCUGGCGGCAGUUGCGAAGUAUCAAGAAUGGUCUCUCCAAGGUUUCCUAAAACGUACUAGGAUUGGGGACAAGACAACAUACGAUAUCUCAUUUGAGUUAGGCCAUGGUCCAGAGCACGUUCAUCACUCUAUUCUUUCCGAAAUGUUGAAUACUAGUUCUAAUAAACCAAUACUUGCGAAGACUGUUGUACCUUCUAGAUUGUAG